AUGGCCAUCAAGUCAGCUGUCAAUAUCUUGCUCUACUCCGUGGCCUUUGGCGGAGGAAUCAUGCACUCCUACAUCGUCUCGCCAAUUGCCUUCAAGUAUUUGCCUAGGGAGGAGUUCGGCAAUUUGCAAAAUAAAGUCUUCCCAAUCUACUUCAUUGGUCAAACUGCUGCACCACUUUUGCUCGGAGCAACUUCGCCAGUGCUUUCCAACUUGGCCUUAUCCUUAUUGGGAGUUUCGCUGGUAGCCGGUGCAUUGAACUACUUCUGGUGCUUGCCAGUGUGCAAGAGAAUCAAGGAUGAAAGAAGCAAGUUGGUAGCUGAUAAAAAGCACGAGCACAUAGUUGAUGGCGAGACGAAACCUACUGACGAGUACACGGCUUUGAACAAACAGUUUGGCAUGUACCAUGGCUUCUCCUCUCUUUUUAACCUUGUCUCCUUGGUAACCCUCGGAGUCUACGGUGUAUUAUUGGCCAGGCCAUAG